AUGGACAACCUUGUGAGUACCAUGGCUCCAAGUACCGCAUCUGAAGGACUUACCAAUGGAAAACUGUUUUUGUACAUCCUUUCUGCUAUCUUCCCAUUCUUAUUCUUCAUUUUCGACGCUCUUCUUCUGGCUGCAACUAUCUACAACCGCCGUGACAGUUCCCUUCCGUUGGCAUACAUCUGUGUGAUGUGCACAAUUGGAAUGUUGACAACCUUCUUCAUGGUUCUUCACACUUCUAUCUUCCUUGUCCUCCCACAAGCUUCAUAUGAAGCAUAUCUCAUGGCGUUCGGACGCGAGACUACUCUGGCUGGAACAUUCUCUUAUCUUACUGCACUUUUCAUCACCGUUCUCAUGACUAUCAACCGCGUCUAUAUUGUCAUCAAGCCGUUCAACAACGAGUUAUUCAGUCAACGUCGAGUGUUCGUCUACUGCGGAAUCAUCUCAUCGCUCGUCCUCACCUCCCUUAUCAUCCCUUACUUCAGCUCUUGCUAUGUCAUUUUUCGAGUUGAUCUUUUGUCAUUCGUUUCCGGGUGUGCUCCAAAUCGUCAUCCGAUCACCGUAUUCCAAAACACCUACGCCAUCAUCCUCCCAUUCACCUGCAUGUUUAUCAACCUGGGAAUUAUCUUUCAUCUUCGUUUCUCCCGAAGUGGAACAUACGCCAAAUGGUCUAAAUUUUUCUGCAAGAAUAAGGUCACAACAGUCAUAAUCGGACAGGCCACUCAAAAAACUGCACUGUCAAAGAUGCAAGCAAGACGAGACCUUAUCAUGAUGCGUCAGACUAUCUCGGUUGCAGUCUAUCUGUCGAUUUAUGAACUGGGCGCAUUCAUUAUGAAAACGUUCCCGAACGAGUAUGCAAUGUUGCCUGCUAUUGUGCGAGAUGGAUACUUUUAUUUCCGCUACGAAUCUGUUCCACUCAUGAAUUUCUUCAUCUAUUAUGUGGAAACUGGAAGCACUCGUCGCAUGUUCCGCCGUUUCUUGAAUAUCAAGGAUAAAAUAUCAGACUCCUAUGUCAACCCAACAGUUAUCACUGUGGCUCCGAGAGCUCAACCAGUUAGGGGUGUUUCUGCAACCGGAGCGAUGUCUUCCCCCACUGUAUGA